AUGUCUUGGCAAGCAUACGUCGACUCAAGUCUCGUUGGCACCGGCCACAUUGACAAGGGCACCAUUCUUAGUGUUGCGGGCGACAGCGCCUGGGCUACCACCAGCGGUUUCAAUAUCCAACCGGCAGAGAUGAAGCAAAUCUCCAGCAUCCUGUCGGGCGACAAGAACGCCUCAGACAAGGCGUUCCAGGAUGGCGUCCACGUGGCCGGCGAGCGGUACGUCGCGACCAGCAUCGACUCAGCAGAGAACGUCGCGAUCUUCCGGAAGGGCAAGGAAGGCAUCAUCAUGGUCAAGUCGAAGCAGGCCAUUGUCGUCGGCCACUACGGAGAAAUGCAACAGCCUGGCAACGCACGGUCAACGGUCGAGGCUCUGGGCGAUUACCUUCGCAAAGCUGGAUAUUAG